GCGUGCGUGCGUGCGUACUCCCUCAAAGACUGUUAUUUAUUUAGGGACGUCCCACAACGCGAAGCGAGGCACAUUGAAAGCUUGUGCUCAACUGAACACCUUCAACAGCAGUGCAGUUUAAAAGAUUAGCACCAAAGAGGAUUUAGGACACCCAGCUUCCAGUUCAUUACUGAGAUGCUGCGCACGGAAAAUUGAAUCUUCAGACAGAUGCAGGUUAUUGACUAAUUGAGAAGAUGAUUUUGGUUUUGAGAAAAUAUCCAUGUACUGUUGUAGGAACGAAACGUUCAUCCCUUUUUUUGCUGUGAGUAUGAGCCGAGUCCUUUAUCACACAGGAAUGAAACUAGUUUACAAUUCGCUGCUUUUCGGCUCGUGUUUUCUGUCACUUUUUUGUUCGGGUGCGAUUCCCAGGUUAAUGCUGCGACAAGAUAAUUCACGUCACCAGCUAAUCUAUAGCAAAAAUGUAAGCCAUACAGUCCUCUGCCUCUCAAAUGCAUCAGGAAGUCUGCUCUUGGGGACAAUAAACUCUGUGUUGGAGGUGAACGAUGGUAGAGUGGUAGAGAACUUUACCUUGACAGAUGAUGAAGAUAAUGGGAGUGCUUGUGAAACUGUCAUAACUUUAAUCGAAGAAUUCCAAAAUAAUUAUUUUGUCUGUGGAACAAAUGGCAAACAACCGAGGUGCUGGAAGCUGGAUCCUAGAAAAAGCAAUCACUCUGAUGUGGUUGUGGAAAUGAUUGAUGGCCAUGGCAUCUCACCUUACAAAUACUCACAAAAUUCUCUGUCCCUUGUAGUGGCUGGAGACCUUUAUGCUGCAGCUCCACUUUUCCUGGAUGGAACAUCACUACAGUUUCGUAGGCAAGUAGGCAACCAAAACCAAUUAUGGAUGUAUGAUUCCUGGAUUACAGCACCAACAUUUAUCUCAGCUUUUGUGGCCAGCAGACAAGAGGACUCAUUAAAUGAGAAAAUUUAUAUUCUCUUUCGAGAGAAAAACACAGACAGAAUUCCAGAAGCUGACCCAUGGAUCGCUAGAGUGGCAAGAGUUUGCAAGAAUGACAAAGGAGGGCCUAAGAGAUUUUUCCAACAUAUUUGGACAUCUUUCCUAAAGGCACGGCUUGUUUGUGCAAAUCCUGGAGAAUCUCUGUACUUUAAUAAUUUGGAGGACGUCUUUGUGCUACACUCUGUUGACUGGAAGAAAUCCCGGGUCUAUGCUCUUUUCUCAAGCAACUGGAAUGUCACUGCUGUUUGCAUAUACUCCUUAGCUGAGCUUGAUGACAUUUUUGAGAAUUCCACUUUCAAAGGCUACAAUGAAGAUAUUCCCAACCCAAGACCAGGAACUUGUGUGAAGGACAGUACAUCCCUGCCCAUCCAUACUAUGCGUAUUGUUAGAGACCAUUCAGAAAUGACUGAAUGGGUCCAACCCAUACAAAAGCAUGCCCCUUUCUACAUCAGCAAUAAAAAAUAUACCAAAGUCGCAGUGGAUAGAGUGAAGGCUUCAGAUGAAAAAAUGUACAAUGUGCUGCUGCUUGCUACAGACACUGGAACAAUCCAUAAGAUUCUAGAACAUGAUUCCAAAGUCUUUAUCAUUUCUGAGACAAGACUUUGCAGUGGCCCUGCUCCUGUUCUGUCUAUGAAACUAGACUCUGGAAAGAGAAAGUUGUUUGUUGGAUAUCCUGGACAAAUGUCUGUCUUAGACCUGCAGAGGUGCCAGGACUAUAACACAUCCUGUGAAGACUGUGUUCUUGCCAGGGACCCAUACUGUGCUUGGACUGAAAAUGGGUGCUCUUCACAAAUUAAAGGGGGAAUUCAAAAUAUAUCCACUGGUGAUCCGCACGCAUGUUCAAUAAUAUCAGCUCCAAAAAGACUCAAGCAGGAUGAAUCAUCUUUAUUUUCUACCAAUCAAGUAGUACAUACUGUGUUCAAGGAUGUCCCUUUCUACCUUUCCUGCCCAACUGACUCACAUCAUGCUACCUAUAGCUGGGAGCACCGAGGUGAUUGUAAACCAUGCCAGAGGACUCAGUCUUACUGCCUUUAUUUAAUACCAGCUGUCAGUGAACAUGACUAUGGAAUGUACAACUGUGUGUCAGUGGAACAUAACUACAAGAAAACAGUUAAAGUAUAUCAGUUGCAUGGUCAAUCUGAGCCACGGACCCUCAACAGAACCUUCAAACAUACAGCACAGAAAGAAUGGCUGUUGACUGUAUUCACUGCACUUCUUUUCAGCGUACACUUAUCUGUCUGAAGAGCAAUAUGUUCAUUUUAUGCUGAAGCUUCUUUCCGUCUUUGUCCUAUUUAAUAAAGCAAAAUUAUAAAUAGUGGCAGGAAAA